AUGACAACCUCUGGUGACAUUUUAAAACUGUUCUCCAAGUUCAGUCCUCGAAUGGAAUUCUCAGAUUCUCCAUCUGGAUUCUUCGGCGGCCUUCGAGAGAUAUUUGCCCGGCUUGCUCUCGAGGAAGAAAUGGCAUGUCGCGCAGACAAGUUGGAGUUUGUUGGCUACCCAACCUUUGGGUCACAAUGUGACACUUUUGAAGACGUCGUACGCCCCUUCUAUAGUGUCUGGAGUAGCUUUUCAACCAAGAAAUCUUUCGCCUGGAAAGAUAUUCACCGGUAUUCCGAUGCUCCAGAUCGUCGCGUGCGCAGAUUGAUGGAGAAAGAAAAUAAGCGGUUGAGAGAGGAAGGUAUCCGCGAAUUCAACGAAGCUGUCAGAUCGCUUGUAGCCUUUGUUAAAAAGAGGGACCCGCGCUAUAAGAGAGGCACCCAAAGCGAAGCGCAGCGCCGGGAGCUCCUCCGUCAAACUGCCGCUGCACAAGCUGCUAAAUCAAGAGCAGUAAAUCAAGCAAAGCUGCGUGAGCAUGUUAUACCUGACUGGGCGAAGUCAGAGGAGGCUGAAGAAGAGGAUGUGGAUAGUUCGGGUUCUGAACUUGAGCAAUUCGAGUGCAUCAUUUGCCGGAAGGCUUUCAAGAGCCUGAAUCAAUUCAACGCACAUGAACGUAGCAAGAAACACGUCAAGGCCGUCAAACAACUUCGCUGGGAGAUGAGAGCAGAAAAUGAGUCCCUCAAUCUCGACCAGUAUAUGGCGCCAUACACCGACCAUGUUCAGUUAGAGCGAUGCAACGACGACUCAGCAGCUUCCUCCUUCAGUCGUGAAGAGAGUGGUAAGGUCCAAUGUGGAGGCAAUGCUUCCGAUCAAAACAUUGCACCCAUCAUGGAAGACACACAAGAGGAACGUGGUCGCGAAUUCACAAAAGCUGAUACCAUAUUUCCUGUGACACAUACUAGCCGCGAUUCGAGCAAUUCAAGCGCAACCAUUCUCAAUCCCACAGGCUCGGACGAUAUCUCUGAGAGGGCAGAUGAUGCUGUUGACUUACUAUGCAAAAAAUUAUCAGCCUCCUCCUUAGGUCAGAGUCAAUCAACUGAAAUCAAAAAGACUAGCAAGGCCAAACAGAAACGCGCUCGAAAGGCGGCUCAGCAGGCUCGGGUUCACCAUGCCGGAUUAAUCUGUACCACCUGCAACGCUGCAUUUCCAUCCAAAACUCAGCUUUUUGCACACUUGAGGAAGUAUGACCAUGCCCAGCCGCCAAUAAGAUAG